AUGGGUUGCUACCCUAGCCAGAGGUCGAAUGGAGAAUACAGAUGGGAACUGUUGAAGCAAAUCGAGACACUCAUCGCAGUACUCAGUUUCACUAACAUUGCAUUGGAUGACUCGAGUAACACUGCCAAGGAAGCUUUGAGCUGCACCAUACCAAAGGUGGACUCGAUCCUCUGUGUCCACGGAUUUAUGCUUGGAAAAGGCAAUCUCAGCAAACCACUCAGAGAAGAGGCCGCGUAG